GACUCUUAACAACUCCAUGGUCUCCCUGUCCGAGACUCGUCGGAGUAGUCCCGGGUCCAAUCCUCGGUCGAGAAGGAGAAAUGGACUCGAUCCAAUUCCUUCCUCCAUUCCUCCUAAUACUACUAAAUUUCUCUCUCCUCCCUGCGACUCCCCUCGCCCUCGUCUUCCACAUCCCCUCCGGCCGCAUCAAAUGCCUCACCGAGGACCUCGCCGCCGGCGCCCUCUCCGUCGCCCAAUUCCGCGUGGCUGAUGACCCCCCCUCCGCCCACAAGAUCUCCGCCAGCGUGAGUGCUCCCAAUGGAGAGAUCGUCCACCACUCGGAGAGCGUGGAGUCGGGGCAGUUCGCCUUCGAGGCGGGGAUCGCGGGGCGGUACACCGCCUGCUUCUGGUCUCCAAAAUUCCGGCUCGAUGCCGCCGUCUCGCUGGAUUUCGAGUGGAAAACUGGGGUCUUCGCCAAGGUCUGGACCUCUGUCGCGAAGAAGGAGAAGAUCGAUGUGAUGGAGCUGGAGUUGAAGAAGUUGGAGUUAAUUAUCGACUCGAUACAUGAAGAGAUGAUAUAUUUGCGUCAGAGGGAGGCAGAAACACAGAGAUUAAAUCAAAGCAUAACCUCAGGAAUGGGUUUGUUGAGCCUGUUAUCCCUUAUUGUUUGCUUGGGAGUUGCUGGUCUUCAGCUAUGGCAUUUGAAGACUUACUUUGAAAGAGAAAAAAUUUUGUGACAAUGUUAUGAAGAUGCAUUAUAAUUUACCACUAGAACAUGCUCCUGGCAAUUUUUUCAAUGUUCUAUUUGCUGGCCUUUAACGACCUACGAGUUGCUCUCCAGUAGCAGGUCUCGGUGCAUGGUUCAGGCAGUUGGCACACUCCAAUGGGAGUGCAUCCGGCAGUUAACCUAUUGUUCGUGGCCUUGGAUUUGGUCUCAGCUUCUUGGACUUUUUCUUCCCCUUGUUUCUCUUUGGUUUAUUUUGUAAUGUUGUUACUCCUAUCUCUAUAUUUGAGCGUACCACUUCUUCCCUGUUUUGGUUCCAGGGGGAAGUUCUGAGGGUGAGUUUUGUUCUCUGUUUUUCAGGUCUGAGUUUCGUACCCUCAUUUGAGAGUGCUGUUCUAUGCGGGAGCUCCUCUUCUCCCACCUUCUGUAUCAUUUAGUUAAUUUCAUGAAAUGGUGGUGAUAUAAGUAAAAAAGUCGGUCGAAAUUAUGUUUCUCCUUUA